UUUUAUUCUGCCCUCCUCCGAUGAUCUUUAAAAAAAUAAGUAUGCAAAACAAAGAAUAAAAAAAAGUCUCGCCUAAUGAUCAUUAAAAAAAUAUCUAUGGUAGUAUCACACUAAAGGCAGACCACAGUAUUAACAGACAACUUGAUACAUUUAUCAGAAUAUCCAGGCUCUCAAAAUUAAAGAGGAAGUUCUCACCUCUUUGGAAUCAAUUGAAACAUAAUUCUUUGAAAACACAACAAAGAUCCUUAUUUUAUUACCUCUUAAUAUGAUCACAGUUCAAAAAUUCACAUGUACACAUUACUGUAUUUGACACACAUUUCACAUAUACCUUUUCAUUACAUAUUAAUAUAUUGAUUAGGGGCGUGACUACAGAUGAUAUGGGCUAAAGCCCAAUAUAUCAAGUGGUCAUCUGUAAACUCCUAGCCAACAACAAUACGAUAAAAUAUAUAAAAAUAAUAUAUAAAAUAUAAAGAAGAAAAAGAUAAAAUUUAAACAUUCAUAAUAUCAAUAAAAUAUUUAAAAAGAGAAGUUUUAAAAGAAAUAAGGAAAUGAUAGGUUAAUCCUCUCUUGAGGCUUUGAUUUAACAAUUGCCAAAGACGAUGAUAUAGUUAACAAGAACAAUGAAAUGAAAAUGCAGCAAUAGAAACAGGUUCACAUCCUGUAAGAUUGUAGGAUUUUUUUCUCAUGACUAAACCUCAAUCCCACACAAGUUUUAUAUGCCAAUACAUGUGAUUUGUCCAUGUGUGAUAUGCCAUCAUCAUGCCCAUAUAUGGAUGGGUAAAUCACAUUUGUAAAAGAAUAUAAUGUUAUACUGGUGUGUACUGAAAAUAAAAGAAAUAAAGUUGGUAUGAACAUUGAAAAUGAUUACAAUGAGGAUAAUCAUAACAACAACAUUAAUGAUGAAAAAAAUAACGCUAAUGGUGAUACUCCUUUUUAAUACUGUACUACUCAUAUACUAGCCUGAGAAUAAAAUAAUCAUUUAAAAAAAAUAAAAUAAGAAAAAGGCUCUGUAAAUACGGAUCUUGAGUUUAUAAUAUUCUGUAAACACUAUGAUUUUACCCAUGCAUGCUGACUCAUCUCCAUCGACCACAAAGUAUAACUCUCUAUAAACUUAAAGUCUUUUAAAGUGGCAUUGUCACUGUACAUCCAGUUAUCAGUACAUACCAACAGUGGCAUAUCUUAAUAUAUAUCAGGGUACACUCUGAAGCACAGCCAAUCCAUGUUAGAUGCCUAUGGAUGUUUACAUUUCAACACAGGAUGCAGGCUAAUUACAUGAUCACAUGAUUAUAUAGUAUUGCAUGGGACUGCUUCUUUAAUGUUCUACGUAAGCAAUGUAGGCACAUCCUGAUUGAAAUUGUUGAUAUUUACAUCGUAUGGAAUUAAUUUUGGGAUUAGUGGAUAUAGCUAAGAUGAAUACUUUAGGAUGUAGCUAACAAAUGAAUGAAUGCACAAAGAUAAUAAACUGUAUACACAAAAAAAUGCAAAGGAGUUGAGAAUAACUGAAUUAUUGUACUGAACUGAAACAUUUGUGCAGUGAGAUUUUCAUGUUUGUCACAAAGAGUGUGGUUUACGUUGCUAGUUGCUUGCAAUGGAGUCGUCCCUAUUCGAUGAGCUGCCCACUGGAAUGAAGGCUCUGGUGGUAUUUGAAAGUCUUGCAAUAAGUUUGACAGCAAUCAUCGGUUGCAUCGGCAAUGCCUUAACAAUACUUGUAGUACUGAGAACUCCAAAUUUACGAAAAGGUUAUAACUACUUCCUGGUAAACUUGGCCAUCGCAGAUCUUCUGGUCAAUGUAUUAAACGAUCCGUUUGCUGCGUUCUCCAUCUCUUACCGAGAAUGGCCGUUACAUGAGAACAUCUGCAUGUUUCUUGGUCUCAUAACAAUUUUAAGUUGUACUGUGUCUGUUGGAAGUUUAGUUGCCAUAGCAAUAAAUCGCUACAUAGUGAUUGUAAGAUGGAAUACAUCUCUUUCGUUAGUUUUUACUGCAAGACGUUCAGUUAUUUGGUGUGCUGUCAUCUGGCUAUUGGCCAUUCUGACUAUAAUUCCACCGCUUCUGGGUUUCGGUUCUUUUGGUUUCAACAAAGCAAUGGUAGCAUGUGUUCUCAAGCAUGAUCGUGAAGGCAGACGCUACAUGCUUCUUUUUCUCGUCUUCUACUUUAUUUUCGCCUCAAUCAUCAUCUGCUUUUGCUACAUCAGAAUCUACUUGUACGUGUACAAAUGUCGUCAGAGGUUGAAGGUCAACAUGCAAAAUACAGACACGCAUCGAAAUACCGAAAUUAGAGUUAUCAAGAACCUUUUAGUUGUUUACGUAAUUAUUGCGGCGUGCUGGGGACCUCUUUUAAUCCUGACCAUAGCAGACAGAAAUAUAAACGCACCAUAUAUACUCUGGCAAUUGGCGGGUUUUAUGGCGAUCCUGAAUUCCAGUAUUAAUCCGAUCCUAUAUGCCUGGAGGAACAAGGAUUUUCGUACCGCAUACAGACACUAUUUGUUCACAUUGCAACGACCAAAUGACAAUGCUGUAAAUUUUUAUGAUAAGGAGAGGGCCAAAUUUGACAGAUCAACCAUUUCCUUGGGAUCAGGCAAUCAAGGAGCAUAUACCUGUAAUCAAUUCUCUGGGGUUCAAGUCAGAUAUUCAAAGGACAGAAUGGAGGCUCUUCAAAAGGUCGCCAUCUCCCUUCAUGUUGGAGGGAUUGUUCUGAUUGGUAUAGUUGGAACAAUAGCAAAUCUACUGACAGUCAUUGCCAUCUGCAAGUACAAACACCUUAGGACACCUGGAAAUUUUUUCUUGUUAAAUCUGGCCAUUGCUGAUUUAAUUGUCUGCACCGUGACAAACCCGUUCACCACCAUUUCUUUAGUCAAUCGCAGUUGGCCUUUAUCGGACGGUCUCUGUUUCUUCCUUGGUGCCGCACUCACCCUAAGUUGCUCGGCCUCAACGACAAACCUAGUCGGAGUGGCGAUCAAUCGCUAUAUGAAUAUAUUAUGGCCGCAAAAAUCUCAGGUGGUGUUCACGGUAAAUAGAACAUUGGUUUUCUGUCUUAUCGGGUGGAUAGUGUCCAUCAUCACGAUUCUUCCGCCAUUCCUAGGAUUUGGGAUGUUUGGAUUUAACGAUGUUAUUCUGGCAUGUAACAUUUCCGGAAAUGGAAACUGGCUUUACGCUUUGGUUAUUCUUGGAACAUAUUUCACAAUCUCAACUAGUAUCAUCAUCUUCUGCUACACAAAAAUAUUCAUGUUCAUUCGACAGAGUCGCGUUCGUACGCAAAGCGACCUCGGCAGAAGUAUCCAAGUGGCGCAGAGAAGAGUAAACAGGGAGAUACGAGUUGCAAAGAAUCUCUUGGUUGUUUAUAUUGCUUAUUCUAUAUGUUGGGGUCCAGUGCUGAUUCUUACUGCAGUUGACAUCAACCAGACUGCACCGCCUCCUCUCUGGAGAUUUGCCUCCUUUCUUGCUGUUCUGAACUCAACUCUGAACCCUUUCAUUUACGCAUGGAAGAACAGUAAAUUCCGCAAUGCCUACAGUGACCUUUUGCAGUGCAGAGGAAAAGCGGCAAAGCAUUUUGAUUCUUCCACAUUACGCGAGCCUUCAAAUUCUGCGAAUAUGACAUUGGGCAGAGGAUUCAAUAGUAUUCCAAAUGUUAAUGGUGAACUGAAAACACCAAUUUCAACUACGGAUGAAUCCUAGAGGAUUAAUCCAAGAAAGAAUUUUAUCACAAAAACAUUAAGAACUUAUUUAUCAUAGUUCUGAUAAAAAUGUCAUGCCAAAUAUAUGUGUAUAAAGGGAUUUUGAAAAUGCUCUUUUUUUAUUCCAUAUUUUCUUAUUGCUGCAUCAUAUAAAACUUUAAACAUAGUGGUGAUUUCUAUGUUUCAAUGACAUUUGGAAAAAAUUGUAAAUACAUGAACACCUAAGCUUGCAAAAUUAUAUUGCAUUGUAAUCUUGCUACAACAAGCUGGUAUCCUGAGAAUGAACUGCUAGAAUUAGAUGUUACAAGUAUUUAUAUAGCAGCUUUUCCUUGCAGUUACAAAGUGAUUGGACUAACUCAUUCCUAUAACUUUAUAAUACACUGUGCCCGUUUUGCUGCAAUCGUUGUAUAUAUCUACUCCACAGCAGUGGGGGACACCACAGUAACCCGCUACACUUCUAGAAGAAUGCUCUCGGUUCUUCAAAGUGCACAUGAUUUAAGAUUGAAGGUGCUUGAGCAACACCAAAUAAAAGUUCUGGGUUACAAUGGCUAAAGCUGGUUUCCCACUAGGCGAAUUUAGCUACUUUUCAUUAUCAUGCACUAGACUUUUACCGCUUUUUCGCUUGUGGUGUUACGCUCUAGAGGAGUUUACAGUUCAAACAAUUUUCUACUUUUGGUAAAGUGAAAUAAUGCACAGCCAAUCAGAGCUCUAGAAAAGACUGUAUCGUGCCCAUGGGCACAGAGUGAAUAAAAAAAAUAUACCGUCACCAUGGCAUACCAACCUGUCUUAGUAAUGCGGCUUCAAUAUUUGCGAAAAAAUAUGUAUCACAAAUACUUUCACUCAUGUAGUAAAAAAUAAUGUGCAAAAAAUCUUUGAGUCUCGCAAAAAAAAUUCUCUAGUGGAAAACAGCCUCAAGUCCUGCAUUAAUCAUUCUCAGAAUGAUGGACACGAUAUUAUGCAUUAAAUAUUAUAGUGAAACCCAAAUUGAAGGAAUUAUCAUUGUAUGUGCAGGGAAAGGAAGGGGGUGAAUAUGGUCGUCUAUCAAUUGUGUAUUUGUGUAUGUAGAGAAGGGCAGAAUACAAAUCCAAUGUUUCAUUGUUAUUCUUUACAAUAUAAGUUAACUGACAAAUUCCAAUUUGAAAUGAAGUACAGUAUUUCUAUUUUCUUUAUUUAUAACAUUUGACAAAAUAAAAAAGCAAUAAAAAAUA